UCAUAAGAUGAUUGUAGCAAUUUGCUGGUGUAUUAUACUAUUAAAUCUAUCUAUCCUUGGGGAUCGCCUCAAUCAUCCUUUUUCACAAUAGUCUUUUCUUCUGUUUUUACCUCAAUAUUAUGUACUAAGUUUUUAGCAAAGAUAACUGGGGAGACCUUGAAACUACAAGAACCUUCCCUUGUUAAGACCUUGAAACUACAAGAACCUUCCCUUGUUAGUUUUCUACACCUGAAUUUGUCACUGUUAAGAAUUGAUUAGGAUACUAAAUUCACAAAGUUGUCAAGUAAAGGUGCAACACAUAUUUUAUGAUCCGACAAGGUUGGACAUUUGCUAACAACUCCUUCAUGAUCAUGCUUGAUUAGGCUUCAAUCAUGAGACAAGAGUGCAGAAAGCAAGAGAGCAUGCUUACAGUGCAUAUAGAACCAAACAGCAAGGCCAGAAGAAAUGAAGAGAGAAGUCUAUUUCGAUUGUGUUGCCAAUUAUAUCACAAAGAUAUGUACAACGACAAUACUGCAAGCUACUUGAAAUUAUUUCACAGAUGACUAGACUUCUGGACAUACUGGAAGAUUACUUGCUAUAUCGUGGUUACCAAUAUUGCCGAAUUGAUGGGAAUACUGGGGGAGAAGAACGGGAUGCUUCCAUUGAAACAUUUAAUCAACCUGGAAGCCAAAAGUUCAUCUUCUUACUUUCUACAAGAGCUGGUGGAUUGGGAAUUAAUCUUGCUACAGCAGAUGUUGUCAUUCUCUAUGAUAGUGACUGGAAUCCACAAGUUGAUUUGCAAGCACAGGAUCGUGCUCAUAGAAUUGGGCAAAAGAAAGAAGUUCAAGUGUUCCGUUUCUGUAAUGAGUUUGCAAUUGAGGAGAAAGUGAUAGAGAGAGCAUACAAGAAGCUUGCACUUGAUGCCUUGGUUAUUCAACAAGGACGAUUAGCAGAACAGAAAACUGUUAAUAAAGAUGAACUUCUACAAAUGGUUAGAUUUGGUGCUGAAAUGGUUUUUAGCUCCAAGGACAGUACAAUAACUGAUGAGGAUAUCGAUCGUAUCAUAGCUAAAGGAGAAGAAGCGACUGUUGAACUUGAUGUGAAAAUGAAAAAGUUUACAGAGGAUGCAAUAAAGUUUAAGAUGGAUGACAGUAUGCUGAUUCCUUUCUGAUAGCAAUUCCUAGAUAUUUCCUUGGAUGACUUAUGUAAUUUCUAUUUUUUGUUACAGCUGCUGACUUGUUACGCGGUCAGAAUUUUAUUAUUUUGGUAUGAGUUUGAAAUCAUUAGCUGAGUUGAUUAUAUGUAAAAUUCGAAUCUAGAUAUGGUAAAAGAAAAAUAAUAGUUUUGUAAAUAUAAAAAUAAUUAUUUUUAAAUAA